GAGAGCUAGCUCCGCCCACUUCCUGCACACCUGCAUAUAAGCUCACCUGCAGCAUCAGCAGCACAGAGCCUCCCUCCUGCAUUCCUCUGGAUCCCAAAUCCACUCUAUCAGAAGAACAUCAAGCCGCCCGUCAUGGCCUCCAGCAUCUCAGUGAGAAGCUACUCUAUGAACCGCCAGCCCUCCUUCACCAGUCGCUCCCUGAUGGACACCAGUCGUCGUUCCCGGGCCUCGGUGUCCUUCGCCGCCACCAGCCCGCUGUCCCGUUCAUCCUCCAUCAGCCAGGACCUGAAUGGGCCGAUCAGCCUCCAACUGAACGGGCUGCACGGAAACAGCACCAACGAGAAGGAGGCCAUGCAGAGCCUCAACAGCCGUCUGGCAAACUACCUGGACAAGGUUCGUACGCUGGAGCGCUCCAACGCCGACCUCGAGGCCAAAAUUAAGCAGCUGAUGCUCGACCGCAUUCCCAAAGGUCACGACCUCGACUCCAUGAUGGCUCAGGCUCAUGCUGUGGAGCAGGAGGUGAGAAAGAAGACCUUGGAAAAUGCUCGUCUCAUGCUCGAGAUCGAUAACGCUAAACUGGCAGCUGAUGACUUCAGAAUCAAGUGGGAGACUGAGCUGGUGAUGUGUCAGUCUGUGGAACGAGACUGUGUUGCUCUGAAAAAGGCCAAAACUGACCAUGAGCAGAUCAUUGCUUCUCUGAGGGGAGAUCUGGACAGUCUGAAAGAAGAACUUUACUUCCUGAAGAAAAACCACGAGGAGGAACUGGAGCAGAUGAAGUCUCGUAUAGCCAGAGAUGAGGUGAAUGUGGAGGUGGACUCUGCCAGCGGGCCGGAGCUCGGCACCAUUCUGUCCGACCUGCGCUCCCAGUAUGAGGGGAUCGUCAAGAAGAACAAGGAGCAGGCGGAGCUGUGGUACCGCAAGAAGCUGGAGACGGUGCAGAACGAGGUGAAGGAGAGCAACGAGGCCCUGAGAGGAGCUCAGGGAGAGCUGACCGAGAGGCAACGCUUCCUGCAGACCCUUGAGGUGGAGCUGGAGAGUCUGCACAAACAGAUAGCAGCUCUGGAAGGAAACCUGGGUGAAAGCGGUCACAAGUAUUCUGGUGAGAUGGAGCGUCUGCAGACCACCCUGAGUCACCUGGAGGACGACCUCUCCCAGCUCAGACUGGACAUGCAGCGCACCAAGACCGACUACGAGCAGCUGCUCCGCAUCAAGCAGAACCUGGAGAUGGAGAUCGCCACCUACAGGCGCCUGCUGGAGGGAGAGGAAACAAUGAAAGAAGUUCCUCCUCCACCAAAAAAGGAGCCUGACGUUCGCACCAGGAAAAUCGUGAAGGUUGUGACUCAGACGAUGGUGAACGGGAAGGUGGUGGAUGAAUCCAGUGAGGUGGAGCAGAUUGAAGAGACCAAGAAAUAGAAAAAAGAAGAGGGGAUAGAGUUAGAAAAAGUAGUACAAAGUAUACAAAAAAUGACAGUGUUUUACAAAACAAAAGGAGACAGAGAGAAAAAAAAACUAAAGACAGAUUACUGUAGUGUGAGGAUAUUACACACGAUUUGCAGAGAUUCAUUCACUUUUCCCAGAAAAAACAUGUUUUGCAAAGGGUCUUUUGGGGGCAUUACUUGACUAUGAAUGUUCUGUGUUUUCAAAGAAUAAUGCUAGUUUUUCAGUGACACUUUGAUUAGUUGCUCUGGAGAAGCAUAACCACAAACAAAUAUGUCCUGUUGAUGAAUUUCAGAUAGAUAUGUGUGAAAGAGGAACUAACUAACCAUUAUCUGUAUCUUCACACUGUUUUACUAAGACAAGGUUGUGUAGUUAAACAAGAUAUUUAUUUCCUAUUGUGGUAAAGUUUACUUUAGUAAAUCUAGUCCAGACUUUAUGUCUUACAUGAAUAUCAUUUUGACUAACUUUGCUGUUUUGUGUUUGUACUCUGUCUAAAUAAAAAGUUGUAUUAAUCAGUGA